CAGGCGCCGGCAGCCGGAGAGAAAGUUCCCGGGGAGAGCUCGCCCCCAGGAGGGCCGACGUCUAGGUGGCGAGGGUCGCAGGUCCCGCGCGUCCAGCCUGCCUGCCCGCUGCGCGCACUGGGCCGCCCGGUCUCAGCUCGCCGGGAAGCAUCGCUGGAGGGCAGCCGCUGCAAACUUGGAGGGGGAGGAUGGUGCGAGCGGGAGCGGCUGCGCGGGGCGCGGGGGCGCACUAAGUGCUCCCAGCGGGCGCCCCCGGACGCUGCUGCCAGGGCUGCGGCCGGGCGAGCGAGCCGAGGCUGAGCGGGCAAGUAGCGACUCCAGCGCCCGGACUACGCCAGCCCUGCGAGCCAGGGCCACCAGCGCCACCGUGCCGGCGUCGCCUACUCGCCAAGGAGCCAUGGUGCGCGGAGCGCGCACGCCGCGCGCGGGACUCUGAGCCUUCGCGGUGCCGCGCGCCCCCAUCUCCCCUCUCCCCUCGCGGCUUCCCAGCUGACCUUGCCCGCGGGCCAUGAAGCUUUGGCCUGGAGCCCCUCACCUCUGAGCCUCGCGUCGCCCGCUCCAGCCCCAGCGCCACUCGGCCACAGACAGCACUCCGGCCCCUGAAGCUCCCCAUCCUCUCCCAGGGACGCACCCAGGCGCUCCAGGAUGGCGCUCCGCGGGCGCCUCCGGCCGCGCAAAGUUCGCAGGAGGCGAGAGAUGCUGCCGCAGCAAGUUGGCUUCGUGUGCGCGGUGCUGGCCCUGGUGUGCUGUGCAUCCGGCCUCUUCGGCAGCUCGGGGCACGGAACAGCUUCUGCCAGCAGACAUGUUCUACCAGACCCGUGGAGAAGUCGAAGGCUGAUGGCACCAGUGAACAGGACGCAGACAGCUAAGAAUUGCACAGAUCCUGCCAUUCACGAGUUCCCCACAGACCUGUUCUCCAACAGGGAGCGACAGCACGGAGCCGUCCUGCUGCACAUUCUUGGGGCUCUGUACAUGUUCUAUGCCUUGGCCAUCGUGUGUGACGACUUCUUUGUUCCAUCUCUAGAGAAGAUCUGUGAGAAACUCCACCUGAGUGAGGACGUGGCCGGCGCCACCUUCAUGGCUGCAGGAAGCUCGACACCCGAGCUCUUCGCCUCUGUUAUUGGUGUGUUCAUCACCCACGGAGACGUGGGGGUGGGGACCAUCGUGGGCUCUGCCGUGUUCAACAUCCUGUGUAUCAUCGGAGUGUGUGGAUUGUUCGCCGGGCAGGUGGUCCGUCUGACGUGGUGGGCCGUGUGCCGAGACUCCGUGUUCUACACCCUCUCUGUCGUCGUGCUCAUUGCCUUCAUAUAUGAUGAAGAAAUUGUGUGGUGGGAAGGCCUGGUGCUCAUCAUCUUGUACGUGUUUUACAUUCUGACCAUGAAGUACAACAUGAAGAUUCAGGCUUUCUUCACAGUCAAACAAAAGAGCAUUGCGAACGGCAACACGGUCAGCAGUGAGCUGGAGGAUGGUAAUGAUUACUGUGAUAGUAGCUCUGAUGACCCUUCCGUGCCAUUGCUGGGGCAAGUGAAGGAGGAGCCACCGUACGGCAAAAACCCAGUGGUGAUGGUGGACGAGGUUCUGAGCUCCAGCCCUCCCAAGUUCAGCUUCCCGGAGGCCGGCCUCCGCGUGAUGAUCACCAAUAAGUUUGGGCCCAGGACGCGGCUGCGGAUGGCCAGCAGGAUCAUCAUUAAUGAGCGACAGAGGCUGAUCAACUCAGCGGACGGCGUGAGCAGCAAGCCUCUUCAGAAUGGGCGGCACGAGAACAUCGAGAAUGGGAACGUUCCCGUGGAAAACCCCGAAGACCCUCCGCGGGAGCCGGAGCAGCAGCCCCCGCCGCCCCCGGAGCCCGAGCGGGUCGAGGCUGCCUUCCUGUCCCCCUUCUCCGUGCCCGAGGCAAGGGGAGACAAAGCCAAGUGGGUGUUCACCUGGCCGCUCAUCUUCCUCCUGUGCGUCACUGUCCCCAACUGCAGCAAGCCCCGCUGGGAGAAGUUCUUCAUGGUCACCUUCGUCACGGCCACACUGUGGAUUGCUGUCUUCUCCUACGUGAUGGUGUGGCUGGUGACCAUUAUUGGGUACACGCUUGGGAUCCCUGACGUCAUCAUGGGCAUUACUUUCCUGGCAGCAGGCACGAGCGUUCCAGACUGCAUGGCCAGCUUAAUCGUGGCGAGACAAGGCCUUGGUGACAUGGCGGUCUCCAACACCAUAGGAAGCAACGUGUUUGACAUCCUGGUAGGACUCGGGAUACCGUGGGGCCUGCAGACCAUGGUUAUUAACUGUGGAUCCACGGUGAAGAUCAACAGCCGGGGUCUGGUCUACUCCGUGGUGCUGUUGCUGGGCUCCGUCGCUCUCACCGUCCUCGGCAUCCAUCUGAACAAAUGGAGGCUGGACCGGAAGCUGGGGAUCUACGUGCUGGUUCUCUACGUCGUCUUCUUGUGCUUCUCCAUAAUGAUCGAGUUUAACGUCUUCACCUUCGUCAACUUGCCGAUGUGCCGAGAAGACGACUAAAGCUGAGCCGCUGCCCCCCGGGAGCCGUUCUGGACACUCCGGCGCUGGGGCCCCCCUUCUCUCCCCUUCCUCCACCACGAGUCUGUCCUGCCUCGGCAGCCACGGUCUGUUGUUUCAUACACUGGAAGGAAGAGCCAUCGUGGGCUUUGUCUGGUCGCGGGCCAGGCUGCUGGGCGUCCUCCUCCUCCUUGGAGUUCUGCCCCCCAAGGCAAGUUCUGGGGGCCGCUAUCUGAGCAGCUUCACAGAUCUCUGAGCUGCCAGCCACAGGGAUGUGGCGUGUGUCACAUCCGUCCCUCGACACUCUAGUCAGGAGGACUUCUCUGUUCAGUUUGUUCUUCUCUUGCACGGCAGCCUCGGAAAUGAGGCGGUCGGUGAACGUGAGGCCUCCUGGGACAAGUGCAAAAUAGGACUGUUGUUCUCAAGUGUCCCCUCUGGGCCGGGGGUGUGGGUUCCUUACCCAGCAUGUGCUCAGAGGCUCCGACUUCUGCGGGAAGCACUCACGGUUUGGAGGGGGCAAAGCCUCAGCCGGUUGGUUUGGGGCCGUGACAGCAGACAUUCCACCCCUUUUUCUGGAAAAAUUGGAAGAAUGGAAACAGUGUUUCACAGCAGAAGAGAGAAAGUGAGUGAAUAUUCUUAGCAGUUUUAUGGCUGCAUUCAGAGAAGGAGCAAUGAAAUAUUAAAAAUAAAAUGUCAUAUAAAUCAUCAUACUUGAAAAAGAUCAUUCCGUACAAAAGGAUGGGGACCAAAAAGGUAGCGCUUAUGGAAAAUGAAUCCUGUGGGUAUCGUGUUGCACUGACACUAAGACGUUUGGUCUGGAAGAUAGAAAAGAGCAAGACUGACGUCUGAACGGGUGCUAAGUCAGAGACACAGUGAAGAUUGUAGUUUACAGCCGUACAUUCCAGACCUUCCGUGCGAUGCAACGCACUGACAGUCUGGGUUUGUCAUUUCUCUGUUAUUGCUCUACUCUCAAAGCCGACCUGUUCAAAGACCUAAUUGUUUAUGGGCCCAACAGAUUUCCUAGCCUGCUGAACUGUAGCGAGGGUGCCAGACGUAAUGGUUAAUGACAAAAAGAGAGAUUUCCUGAAAAACAACAGAUUGCUCUCUGCUUAGCUGGAGGCAAGUAUGAAAACCAUCCCUUGGAAUUUUUAGAAUGAAGUUUCUUGAACCUUAGAGCUUGCUACACUUGAAAGGCCAAGGAUGGGAGGCUGAUUCAAAAAUAGAAAAAUAUUAAGCAAUUUUCGACUGCUUCAUAGCUCUCAAAUAUAUAUUAAAAAGAUUUACGAACACAAACCCUUCGUGGUUUCUGAAAAGAGCACAAUUAAUUUUAUAUAGAGGGGUUUUUUUAUUUUUUUAAUGUUUCUAUUGCAGAAGUCUAUCAGAUUUGAUGCACUUUUAAUAUUGGGAUAUUUUGCACGGAAGACUGUUUGGGAACUACCCGUGACGGGGCGUGGAAAGGAGGCUUUUAGUGAUUGGACAAUAAUCGGUCCUUGGCAAUGAGUUUAAGUCCAAUCGUGGAUUCCUUCCUGAGACACACAGGUUGUGACGCGAGGUGGAGUUUGUGGCUGUGCUCUGGAGGGCCUCCUGGAUUUCAGGAGGAGGAAGUGUGCAGGCUUGUGUCCUUAGGUUAGCAUGAUUCUAAGAUGGGCUGGAACUCAGUCCGCAGGCUUCUGUUGUGGGUCUGCAUCAGUGUUCAUAGCUGUACCACACCAAGGCUUCUCUUCUUAUUUCUCUACUUAGAUCUUGGGCUCAGUGGUCUUCAAGUGGAGGACAGUGGUGAUUUUCCUAAGAAAUUAGCUCUGUGGGAGGCCAGGGGGCCUGUAGGUUCAUCAGUAUCAAUUUUAGAUGCAAGCGGGUUCAGAGCCCUGGGGACCGACUGCCCUCUUAGCGUAGCUGGCCUGGUCCCUCCCAUCCUAUGGACCCAUCCAGGUUUCAAAGUGCUUCUGUUUCUACCUUGAUUCUCAAAACUGCCCUGAGACGUCAAUAGGGAUUAUUCUCCCCGUUUAACAGAAAAUUUAGUCUUGGAGAAGUCGGGUAACUCUAGGUCAAUGGCCAGUAAGUAACAGAGCAGGAGCCAAGCUGGAUAUUUUCACCCUUCCUGGCUCAGCCAUCCUCGGGGGGCGGGAGUGGGGGUGUAUCUUUGUCCUUGUGGUUGCUUCUUAUUGUCUGAGUUAAAACUUCAUCGAAUAUUUACUUAGGGUGUCCCAGUUCAUAUCCUUUUCUCUCUCCCUAUCCAGUGUCCUUAUUUUUUCCUGAUAAAACCAAAAACUAUUUUUACCUGCAAGGCACCGGCCACAUGGCCCCUGACAGUGUCCUCGCUGGUGUUCACAUCUCUGAAUCCUGGUGCAGCUUUCAGAGAACACAUCCUGAUUACCCGCCUCUUCCUCAGCAGAAUCCACCUGAGAUUGUAAAGUAUACAGCAAUUGCAGUUUGAGACUGAAAAAUAAUUUUCUUAUUGUAUACAGCAUUCCUCCUGGCUACUUCUCUUUUGACUUUAAUGUGCCAAUGUCACUUUCUUAAAGAUCUAUGCAUUUAUUGUGUCUAGGAAACUCUAUAUACACUGUAGGUGAAAGAUUGUCCUUUUCCCUAAAUAUUUUUACAUCACAAGUUUAAAGAAUUGCUUGAUUAAUUAGGCCUUCCUUUUAAAGGAAUGCUUUUUAUCACCACGCAGAGUUGCUUCCUUUAUUUUAUUCCUGAAGCUAAUUAUCAUGGGGUAAUUACUCCGCUUCAAAAAUAAGCAAUUAAAAAGUCUAUAAACUUAGCUCUUCUAAUUGGGGGCAGAAAGGAGAAAUGAGCCAUUGCACUCCAACAGAGAAUGUCUGUAGGAACAGACGCAGGUGGUUCCUGUGGAGCUCUGGUUUGGGAUCUGCCCUUGCUAGCUCAAGCGUGGUCAGGGUGAAAGGUAUGGUCUCCGAGAAGCUGGCCCUGGAGGAAGGUUCUGGGUCAGCUGUAGUGUGAGACUAAUGGUUAAGGGCACCGUGGCAGGUCAGUCGUCCUACCCUCCCUUCCUGUCACCCACGAUCUGCUCACCUCUGUGCUGCUCGCCUGUGUGCACAUACCUCCCAGCCCUUGUGCAUUUCACCGGCUCAUUACCACCUGUCGGGGCUGUUCCUUGCUUCUGCCUGUCAAUCCCCUGCCUUUAGUGACCCAAGCGGCUGAUAAGGCAUCGCCCUGCCGGAGCCAGGUUGAACCAGGUGAGGCAUUGCUCCAGGGCAGUCCUGCAGACCCCACCCAGAGACCCGCCUCCUGGGCUGCCCAUGGUCUAGGUCCCAACGGAAGAAACUUUGGCCUCUUCCCUCUUGAUGGGGCCUUGCGAUCCUUACAGCACCCUCAGGGGCCCGGCACUCAGGAACAUGGGGCUCCCCGCGAAGGCUGGGGAUGUGGGCAGCGUGUGUGUGGCCUCCUUGCCGGACACCCCUCUUUCCCCAUGGCCUUUCUCCUCCCUGGGUCCUGGGGACCCUGCCUCUCCUUCAGGUGGGGGUGGACAGGUGAGAUGGAGUGGGGGAGGGUCAGUUCCUGCCCUCCUUCCCCAGGUGUGAAAUGGGCUGGUGGGGUUAAGUGCUGGAACAGGGUAGCACUUUCCCCUGGAAGCCGGAGGAGAGAUGCAGAGACCCUCCUCGGUGAGCUCGGUUUUCCCACGAGGCCGUGGCCCUCCCAUCAGCCCUGACACUGAGUGGGCACCAGGGACGGACCUGCCUCCUCUCUCCUGUCCCCAUCUUUCCUUCCUUUGUAGUCUGUACUGCGUAUGUGACAGGCUCACAGCAAAUGCUUCUUGCUCGAAUAAACAGGGAACUUGCUCAUUAUGGUGAAAACCUUCAGGAGAUUAUUGCCAUGUGCCGUGAUUUAAAUCUUCCCGGGUCCCUCUAAUGCGCUCUGAACACGAUUUCCGUGUGUAUUUCUCCUUUUGGGGCAGUUAGCCGGUACCUCCAGGGCAUCUGAGAUGGUCCACAUCUUGGCAGCUUGGUGACCCCAUCGUGCCCAUAGAAACUUCCAGAAAUUUCUGAAAAUGCUCUCUGGGCAGCUCUUGGGUGACAGAAAGUCCGUCAUCCCCCCUCCUACCCCUAGACCCAAAGUGCUACCUCCCUGGCCCCUGCCCUGUCUGUGUGGAUUCACCCAGAGCAUCUGGCGCCCCUGCCAGGUGUGAGCACUUGCUCCCUGGCUGUUCUGGUCUCUGCAGCUGAUCACAGGAGCCCCUCAAGCGUGAAGACUCCCUCUGGGCCUUCUCAAAGCGUGGACAAGGGGCCCCUCCAGCCCUGGGUAAAUCUUCCCCACUGUGUCAGUCAUGUGGGUGGUGGAACACGAGGAUCUUUCCAUGGGUCCAUCCCACAAGGCAGAGGACACGGCUGGCACACAGAUUUUUUUGCUCACUUCGAGCCUGGCCUCUUUACCAGUGUGGCUUGUGUGGGGCCCCUUUGCUGUGCCGCAAAGAACGUUCCCCAAAGGGCACAGUCUGUGGGGCUGCAGAGUUUUCAAAGGCAUUCAGGUCGUUGUAUUUCCUUCUUAAUAAGAAAAAUGAAAUUGGGACACUAGUUUAGUGCUUAGCUUCUGGCCUAGUAGCCAACAGAGGACUAUCGGACCAUCCCAGCGCUGCCCGACCUCCAGGAAACGGGGACCCGCAUAAAAUCGGGAGCAGAGGCCAUUUUCUCCCGCUCUGCCUCCCAGGGGAGCUAUUUUUUCCAUCACAACUGGGACGCCAGCUGGGUGGUAUUAGAGCUUUGAUUAUUUUAUGGGGAUUUAAAAAAUUCUAACUUUCCUAUGACAAAUGGCUCCCUGGUUGCAUUCGUCUCUACUAAGUCCUCUCACACUGCCUUGGGCUGGUGGCCACGCUUUGUGUCAUUUACCUGAAUGUUUCUAAGGGUUUUCAUCGCCGCUUACAGUGUCAGCAUCCAGUGGGCGAGGUCGUGUAUCCGCCGCGCACCUUGUAGCAGAGGCUAACAGCAUCCUCUCUUCUAGUUCAGGAAAAGGCCCGCCACCUGAACACCCCGGUACAGAGCUGCGGCUGAUGGCAAGGGGCUCUGAGAGUCAGAAAUGCCCUGUACCUAUAUGAACGUCAAGCCCCUGGCUGUGUGGCUUUUCUAUCUGUUAGGUUUAUGGGUCUGCGAUGGGCUGCUCCUUGGUUAAAAGCCGAUGACACACGGGGCAUAAUCCACACGUAUUCCCACUGUUGCCAGAAUUCAAACAAUUGGCUUUUAUGCAACAUGUUGGUUGGGACUUUUCCAUGGUCACAGCCAAUAAAACCCUUACUCCUGGAGAAAGUAUGUACCCUCCCCACUCCACCACUGGAAAACAGUUUUUUUAAAGCUCUCAAGAGGGAACGUGCAGCUUUUGGCUCCUGGCUUCGUGGUUUGAUACGAUCAGCCUUUGUACAUAAAGGAAGGGUCCCAGAUAACAGAGCCCUUCCGGCUCCCCGUCCAGAAUUCCCAGUGCAGGAAUUCCCGAGUGUCCACACAGAUGCACGGUCCCCUUUCAAUGGAAGGAGCGAGGCCUCUCCUCCUCCUGAAAAUGCCUGGAGUGUGAGCAAGACAGUUCUGUUUUUCCAAAUCAAAUGUCAUAGUGGCUUUUUUUCUAGUCACUGGGCGUCCCUGCUCCCACCCACAGAGGUGCCCCUCUGAGCUGUGAAACACUUCUCGGAGCUUCCUCCACGCGGCUUGGACCAAAGAUAUUUGGGGACCCAGUGGACAGAGCUGUGGCUCAGCCUCUGUGGCUCGCUCUUGGGGACCCUCCUCAGGGGGCUUCUAAUCUGGGAGGCUCUGUGUCGUUCAGAACACACACUUCCUGGCAGGGUGCCCUCUGCCUGUGUCUCCUGUCCAGCAGCCACCAGACAGGAGUAGCUGUUGGGUGUCUGAACACAAAGAGAGCAUUGAUUACCUAGAGAGGAAAGAGGGCUGCCAGCCAGAUGGGGCCCAGCCCGUGGGCAGAGGCAGGAGCUGCCAAGGAAAGGGCCGAGUGAGGAGAGGGAAGUCACAUCCUGGAUGCCCAAGUGGCAGACUGGGCGCAGUUGCUGCAGGGCCGUGCGGUCCUCAUGGGGUCUUCUUGGGGCCCAGCCAUGACUUACAAAGUAGCAAGUAGAUAGAAUCAGAGGCCUCUUGUGUCCAGAAAGAACCCCCUUAAAAACAACCAAGACCAAGAACUUCGGAGGCUGUUACACAUCCCUUGAGUUCCCCACAAGGCGUUUCUUGCACGCUGGGCUGAAUGCCGCCAUCUUUGUUCAUUCUCCCUAACAGGCAAAGUAGGAGCAAAGAGUUGAAAAGUUGUAAAUAAUAAAUAUAUUUAUCCCGCUAUUUAUUUUUUCAAUAACUGUGACCUCUUGCACUGUGAAUGCGCUGUGAUAUGAGAUUCUUAGUUUAAUAAAACUGUCAUUAAAUUUGAAUGAAUUGAUAUUAUUGGUUCCUAAACACUGGCGUAAGUUUAUUUUUAUUGUAAAGAAAAUCUAGAGUAAAUAUGAACUGAAUCUUUAUAAGAAAUCUAGCGGUCAGUAUUGUAAUGCAAUAUGUCGAAAUCUGUACACUGUCAAUGAAAUAAAUGAGCACAAGCUGUCCCUCCCCUGUGGAGCUCCCA